AUGCGAUGCUCCCUGAAGCGCUCCCUCACGGCUGCGCUCGCAGCCUCCUUCCUCCUCCUCCUCCUCCUCCUCCUCCAUGGGGGCAGCCGGCAGGAACAGGAGCCUCUGGAGGUGGAGCUCAGGGGCUCGGCCCCAGACUUGGUCCUGCAGGUGCUGCAGCCACAAGGAGCCCAGCACAUCCUCAGGGAUAGAGAUGACCUCUCUGCACUCCGCAACGUCUCCUACCACCUCCUCGCCGGCUCCCUCUCACCCCAAAAAAAAUUUUUGACGGUGGGGUUGGCGUCGGUGCGGCGGCCGCGGGGGUACUACCUCCCAGCCACGCUGCAGUCCCUGUUCCAGCAGUCGACGGAGGAGGAGCUGCAGGAGAUGGUGGUGGUGGUGCACCUGGCCGACGCGGACCCGAGCUGGAACACGCGCGUGGCGGUCGACAUCGCCCGUAGGUUCGCUCCCCACAUCCUCCUGGGCCGGCUCCUGCUCAUCCACGCGCCCCACGAGUUCUACCCCACCAUGGAGGGCCUCAAGAGAAACUACAACGACCCGGAGGAGCGCGUGAGGUUCAGGUCCAAGCAGAACGUGGACUACGCCUUCCUCCUCGCCUUCGCUGCCAACCUCUCCUCCUAUUACCUGAUGAUCGAAGAUGACGUGUGGAGCGCCAAGUCCUUCCUGACGGCCAUCCGCAAGGCACUGGCAUCCAAAGAAGGCUCCAACUGGGCCACCCUUGAGUUCUCCAAGCUGGGCUACAUCGGUAAGCUCUACCGCUCCAGCGACCUCCCUCGCCUGGCUCGCUUCCUCCUCCUCUUCUACCAGGAGAUGCCCUGCGACUGGCUGCUGACGCACUUCCGCCUGCUGCUCACCCAGAAGGACGUCAUUCGCUUCAAGCCUUCCCUCUUCCAGCACAUGGGUCUCUACUCCUCCUUCCAGGGCACCGUCAACCGUUUGGAGGACGACGACUUCCAGGCCGAUGCCUUCGACCUCCCGGAUAACCCACCAGCAGCCUUGUUCACCAGCAUGGCCGUCUUUGAGGACCACGAGCCCCUCAAGGCUUACAGCACAGCAGAGGGGUAUUUCUGGGGGAAAAACCCCGCAGCCGGCAGCGUCUUCUCCAUCGUUUUCCAGCAGCCGGCCCAGGUCACCCGUGUCCGGGUGCGCACGGGCUCCAAGGAGCGCCAGGGCGAUUUCCUGCAUGCGGGGGUGCUGGAGCUGGGCCGGCAGCGCCGAGCCGAUGGCCGGGACUGCUCUGCCUACACCACCCUGGGCACCUUUGAGAAGGGGACGUUCGAGCGGCGGGGGCUGGAGAGGGACUUGCCUGGCCCCGUGGAGUGCGUCAGGAUCCGGGUAACCCAGGACCAGAGCGAGUGGCUCAUCAUCCAAAGCAUCGACAUCUGGACCACAUCAGGCACCUGA